AUGGUGCGAGAUGUCAAUCAGCCGUCACUGGUCGAUUCACCACAUCGACUAGGUCCACGACAGUCCGGCUCAACCUCGCACUCCAAAGCGAAGCAGCUACACCGCGGCCGCGCGAACAAGGAAAACGCGCCCGUGGCCAACCCACCCAACGACCUCCCACGCAGAUUCACCGCGAUCGAUGCUGCAUCCGGGGCCGGACGGCGCAAGUCGUCACGCGUCGCGGACGUGACGACAAACUUCGCGGUUCCCGAAGACGAGACGCGCCUUGGGGACAUCGCGCCACCAUCAGAUCUGGCCGGACCGUCAAGCGUAUUCAGCAGCGACGACAUCGAGCCACCAUCUAAGUCAGCGCCACACUUUGUCGGUCCUCGCGGGCUGGCCCGGUCCGGCCUAAGCGUGUCUGGGCGCGGCGGAUUGCUCAAACCAGAGAGCAGCCUUCAUCUCCCCCAGCCACAACUGGUCGCGCAAACGCAAUCACAAGUGCAACCGCCCGGACUGCGCACGACGCUGCAUCCCACUCCGAGCGCAUCGCAGGGACGAAUGGAGUCCCUGGCGACGAAGCGUUCGCGCCGCGCCGCUGCUCAGCAGUCGUACCACGAGAGCGAAGACGUUGAGGACGGUGAGCCCACUCCACGCGCAUCACGGAAACGGUCCAGCGACAACCAACCUGCGCCCCCGCCAUCACAACGACAGCGCCCUGCACCUGGCACAUCAGCUACGCCUGCGGUUUCCCGCAGGGGGAAAGUACCUGCCACUGCGCCGCAAGCUGUUAUCGCCGCGGAAGCUCGCCUCCGCGCCUCCACCCCUGUCCCCCUCUCCCGUCGCCGCUCCACCGCUGUUGUGGAUCUCAACCCCGCGAUGCAGCAAAGAACGCAGACAUGGCUCGCAGGCCUUACGCCGAAGCAGCGCGCCAGUAUCCCCAAGGAUGUGCACUACGGCCGUGUCGAGGCGCCGAUGGACAUCGAGCCUGGAGACGACCCGCUCCUCUUGGAAGAGCCUGGGGCCAAGCGACGGAGGAAGGAGCUCGAACGCCGCCGGAGCACGAUCAAGAAGCGCCGCAUUUUCGAGGGUCUGCCAAAACCACGGGAGAGUGCGGCCGCAGACGACACAUUCGCGAACCAGAUUCAGCGCCGGAUUGAGCGGCAGACAUGCACUGCAGGCUCGAGCCGGCUACGCAAUUCGGUCGUGCGCGAGACCUCGACCGACGCCCCCGAGGUUCCCGUCGAGGCGGAGGUGCCGGAGGACGAGGACGCCCUGGCCAACUUCGACUCUCCCUUCGUACCGCGUACGCUUACCGACCUUGUCGGCCGCGGGAGGCCCAGCAGCCCACCUGUACCCCCACCAGACGAGGAGGACGAGGCCGAGGGCGUCGACUUCGGCGACGAAUUCGAGUUUCUGGCCGACAUGCCCUCCGACAGCGGUUCGGAGCGCGAGCUCACGCCGGGCCCAGCUGGCCCGUACCAUUCACUGUCGCGCCUCUCGCCGAGCCCAGCACCGCGCAGCAGGUCCGUCCCCGAUCACACGACACACUCCACUCCGCAACCCAGCCAACUUGAGGAGGACCAGACCAUCCUCGCAUCAGAGGGCACACGCCAGGCUGUCGCCGACGAGCUUGCGGCUCGGAUAGCCCAGAACGGCGACCGCACGGCCUAUCUUGAAGACGACGGCAUGGCCGAGUUUGAGGAGGAACUGGAUGCCGAGCUUGACGCGCGGGAAGUCUACAAGUCAGAGGAGCUUGGAGCCGCCGCUUCCUCGCCAGAAGAGGCCCAGGAUCCCGAACCCGAGGACGAGCAACUUGUUGAGACUUAUCGUUCUCCGUCUCCAUCGGCCGCGGAGGUACCGGAGCUCGAGGAGACUUUGGUCUCCCCGCCUGCUCAUGGCGUCCCACCUGUGGACUUCGCCAGCUCCCCGCCUCGCCGGCCAGUCGAGGCCGGGGAUGCAGAAGAGAGUGAGGAGGACGAGGUGCCGCCUGUCGAGCCCGACGCUAACCGUGCCUCUUCUUCAGCCGAGGUCACCAACCAGGAGCCCUCACUCCUCGCAAGUGCGCCGCUCGUCUCGCCGCGACCCCCAUAUCCACAACCCGCGUCGCGCGUCGAAGUAGUGGAUGAGCCAGUACUCGUCAACUUGCCUCCACGCCACUCCCCUCAACGGCCAGAGGUGUCGUUAGGCGACAUCGACACAGAAGGUGACACCGUCAUCGUCAGGACCACCGAGAUCGACGUCGAGAUGGAGGUGACCGUUGAGGAGGAGUUCGACUUUGAGGGCGAGACGCGCGAGGAGAUCGAGCCCGUAGGCAGCUGGCUCGAGAAUGGUCCCCACCACUGGGUGCCGCCUGCCCAUCGCAUGUUCUCGCCUCUUACCGCACUCUUCGAUCCCGGGCCGUCGUCGAUCUUCUCCACGAGCCCUCCACGGGGCCCGCCAGUGUCUGGCGAGUUGCUUGAGCGGGAAGCUGACACGCGAGACGAGGACAUCGACCCCGAAGGGGACACGAUUCUCGUCGACGAGCCUGAGGAUGUUGCCCUCAUGGCAGCCCAGCCCAGCUCUCUGCGUCGCUCGCCUAUGCCAAGACACAUCAGACCAGAGCGUAGCACGGAGGACUUUGACCCGGAGGGAGACACAAGGGAAGAGAUCUACGUCGACGAUACCAGGUCUGGGGAAGAUCUAGAUCCCGAAGGCGACAUCAUUGGCGACCUCGCCAUAUCACAGGCAUCCGCUCGUGCUCACCUGCCUCCCUACCGGUCUCCAACACCUGAGGACCUCGAUGCCAGUGCCUCAACUGAACGUGCCGACGAGGCAGAGGAGCCCGCAGCCCAAGCGGAGGUCGAGAAGGAUGGGUCGCUGCACGACGUCGUGGCAGCUUACAACCGCACGCUUGACUCCCCAUCUGCCCAGUCUCCCUUUCCACAGGCACGCGGCCCUCAAUCCUCACCUCUACAAGUGUCAGCGCCCAUAUCCUCCCCACCAGGCGAUGCUCCGCCCCAAUCUUCCCCUCCUGAUGAUCGGGAAGCGCGGCAGGCACGCAUCCAGAGGCGCGUGUUCUAUGGUUCUGAUGCGCCGCCCACAUCCUCACAACGGCCCGAGCUAGAGGUCGACCUGGACCAGCCUGCCCGGCGGAGACGGCGGCAAUUUGCAGGCUCGACGCCCGCCAAGCCCCGUCUCUCGGGAAGUUUAGAGGAUAUCGAGCCUCCGUCGCCUGGGCCGAGCAAGGUUCCGGCUGGCGGCUCUCCUCAAGUCUCGCCGAUUGAGCCUCCUCUGCGAGCUCGUUUGCCGAUGCUGCCGCAUCCAGGCUCUUUGCCGCAAGCGUUGCUGGACGUACCUCCGCCACACACGCGCUCACCCAUACGACAGCCAGUCACACCGCUCAAGGUGCUCACCUCCUAUACAGGCCCGCCCAUACCAACUUCUCCGCUUAGCUCACCUGUGCGCGGAUCCCCAAGCGCGCCUCCACCCCCCAGCGCCUCUCCCGCCGUCUCCUUCCCAGCGAAGGGCAAGGGACGCGCCGAGCCCUUUCCAGCCCGCUCACAGGCUUCGCCUGCCCGCGUUCUCACGUACGCUGAAGGCGCACGCAAGCACUUCGAGGACCGCCCAACCCCCGAGCCGUCCUUUCCCAGCUCGUCGCGUGCCGCCACACCCGCCUCGCGCACAUCAACUCCAGAACGCAACUCGCCCCUCAAAGAGGCUCUGCACACCUCGCAGACGCCUGGAAUGGAGCUCCUCCGUGUCCGUACACCUCGGAGCAUGACGCGCGACUUAUACGCGAGAGCGCCGGAUUCUCCGUCAAUGGGCCCGUCUAGACUGCGUGGCCCGUCUGCACCGACGGGGACAACCGAGCUGCACACGUCGCCUGUUAAGGCCCCGUCUCCACGGAGACCAUCCCAAGUCCCACCUCAAGAGGCGCGGCAACCCUCCCCGUCCCCGCCGCCCCAAGAGGACAUUUCAGGGGACCCGUCGCGUGACGCCCACGCCUCAGCACGGGACGACACGAUGGAGGGACCCACCCUCGACGGCGACAGCGACGCGUGGGGCGACGACACAAUGGACAUCACGCAGGAGAUGGACAACAGUUUAGGCGGAUACCGGUACGACGGGGCGGAGUGGGACGUGACACGCAUCGACCGGCGCAAGCGUCGCGAACGUAGUGAGCGCCUGCCCAGCGUCUCCGACGAGGAAGAGGAAGAGGACGAGCGUCCGCGGCCACCCGUGGUGCGUGUCACUCCUGCACUUGAGGACGAGGACGAGGACGAGUGUGUGUCCAUUGCGGAACAUGCCCGCGAUGCAACACCUCGAGCUGAGCAGGGGGCGAGCCCACACCUCAUGCCGCAGCCUGAGUGGACGAGCCUCAUGCCCAGGCAGCGUACGCGCUCCCAGUCAGCGCAGGCGUAUCUUACACCGCAACCAGCGCCUCGCUCUCCGUCAGCCCAGGUUACGCCAACGCAGCCCGCGCCCCGCUCCCUGUCGGCACAACUCACGUCGACGCGUCCGAUGCGCAGGUCCCAGGCAUCGCCGCAUCUCACUCCGAUGCAGCCGUCACGUUCGCAUGCCUCCUCCCAGCACCUCCAGCCAAGGCAGGAUGUUCGGUCGCCAAGUAGGGUUCACCUCACGUCGCACCGUGCUGCGUCGGAGCGCGCACCCUCCCUCAUGCAGGGCAGCCCCGGCUCCGGGCUUGGGACACCAGCUAGGGACCGUCUCUGGGCUCAGCCAUCCCCUUCACCUGCUGCGCGGACGCCGACACAGGUCUCUCCCGGUGAUGCACGUGCUUCGUCCGUCGCCUCAGAAGCGGAGCGCACUCUGCGACCUCCCCAGACAUCGCCGCAGCUACCGGCCAGUCCUGAACCUAGACACAACGUCUUCAUCGAGGACAUUGAGGACCAGGAUGUGCUCAGCCUUUCACGCCGGCGCACUCGCACCUCGUCUGUCUCGGUACCAUCGCCUCGUCGUUCGCCAAGGCUUUCGCGUGCACCCUCGGUAGCUGAAGAUCGAGCGGCGCGGAACAGUCGUUCUCUGUCAGCCGCCGUGGAGACUUCAUCGCCCCGUCGCUCUGUUGUCGAGGAGGCUCCAUCGCCCUACCACUCCACUCGCCUCUCGCGUGCUGCGACUCCUGUCGAAGCUCAGUCUGUUGAGGCAGUUCCAUCACUGCGCCGCUUUACCCGCCUCUCGCGCACUACGACUCCCAUAGAAGCCCAGCCGGCGCCACGCCACGUGCCCACUCCGUUCACAGCGACCCAGGCCGCCUCUCAGCCAUCUCCUCGUGCCAACGAAUGGCCUCGUCUGGGUCCCGCCCGCCAGAAAUGGGCGCACGAGGUCGACGCCGCGCUCCCUCCACCAGUGAAAGAGCGGCAGACUCAGCCCGAGUCAGAGCACCCUCGCGUCAACGCUGAGCCAAGUCGCCAACCUCUCGCUCCUGUCACCGAGCCGAAGCGCGAACCUCUCCCUCUUGUGGCCGGUCCAAGCAAAGCUCCGGCUCCUGACGCUGGACCAAGCCGCCAACCUCACGUCACCGUCGCCCAAAGUCAGCGCCGCGUGCGCGAGCGUUACCACGUCCCCGAGCACUGCAAGGAGGAGGAGUCUAUCACCUUCGUCGUGCGUGAGCGCGUCGUUGACGUCACUCGGGUCAAGGAUGAGAGCGACGAGGAGGAGGAGCACAACGUCAUCGAGAUCGAGGAUAGUAGAGACGACGGCUCCAAUGACCGCGUGAAGGAGGAGCACGUCCAGGAAGAACACCGCGAGGAACACUUCGAGGAGCAGCAGGAGAAGGAUCCCAUCGAGCAGUACCUUCCCGUCGAACACCGCCUUCCGGAAACCGACCCGUAUCCCGAAGAGGAGGAUCACCUUCCACCCAUGGACGGGAGCGAGGGGAUGGCGUACGAGGAGGAAGAGGACUCCCGCAUGACAUAUGGAGAAGAAGACGACACGAGGAUGGACGAGCGGAUGGACGACUCACUCGACAGCGAGGAGCGCGCUGGUGUCCUGCACAAGUACCUGCACAUGGACGAGCCGCCCGAGGACGAUAACUCGCGCAUGGAGUACGAAGACCUCGAAGGCAGCGAUAAAGAGAACGAGCCGUUCACCGAGCUCAUCGCCAUCCCGAUGGACGAGCACUGCGGGUCAACAGACGCGAGCGGGGAUGUCGGAGAGCACGAACGCGACACCGGGUACGAACACGACGCGGAACGGGGCCAUCAGUACGAGAAUAAACGCCAGGCUGAGCACGAUCACGACGCCGACUACCAGCACGACGCCGAACAAGAGCACGAGCACCAGUACGAGGGCGAUCAUGAGGGCGAGCACGAGCACGAGUAUGAGGAAAAUUACGAGCACGAGGCCAAUGGUAUCCCUCAAGCCGGUAACGAGGUUCCGUGCGCAACCACACCUCGUCCCGUGUCUCGUGCCUCGUCUGUGCAGCGCACUCCAGUCGCGCUCCCGCAGCGCCAGAUUCCAGGUUCACGCUCAUCGGCGCCAUCGCCUGGCACUCCACUCGGACGUGCUCCAAGCCAUCCUCACACGCCAAGCCAAGCUCCGAAGCCGUCUGGCCACGCCCGCACUCCUCAAGUUGGCUACGAUGGCACUCCUUCCGCCACCUCAGGUAGCCGUGCUCCAACCCAAGCCCGCACGCCGUCUGGUAACCUCAGUGCUCCUGGCCAUCGCGCUCUUGACCACAACCGCACUCUGUCAGGCACUCCGGGUAGCAGAGCUCCAAGCCAACCCCGCACACCGUCUGGUAAUGCUCGUGCAUCAAGCCGAUCGCGCACGCCGUCCGGAGGCACCCGCAACCCUACUCGCCUCGACCGCACUCCCUCCGGCCAAGGUCGCACCUCGUUCAUCCGCUCGCCAACAGUCACCUUCAACCUCGAACCCCAGUUUUCGUUUGGGACUAUCGAACCGGUCCUCGAACCGGUCCUCAACCUCGACGCUCUCGGUCUCCUCGAUGCCGCAGCCACAGCACUGGAUCUCCUCCGCGAGAUUACGUCUCCAGAAGCAGCCGGUCCAACCCAGUCCACAACACCAAGGGUGCCACCACCGGCCUUGCGUUCUGGAUCCGACGCGUCCAUCUCCAGCACCCCGUUACAGCCUCCUCCUGCUUUUAGAGGCCAAUCAAUCACGCCGGGCAUCCCCCAGGGUCCGCUGUGCCCUCCGGCGUCAACGACUCCUCAGGUUCCACCCCCGCGCCGUCUGUACACUGAACAGGCGCCGGAACGAGCGCAGCAGUCUACAUCCCAGCCUGCUCUCCAGCCUGCACUCCAACCUGCGGCCCAGCCUCCGGCCCAGCGCCGUGCACCCCAGCUUGCGACCAAGUCUGUACCUCAGUCUACGUACCACCCUGCAGCCCAACCGGCAUCCAAAUCUGCAAUCCAGCCUGCACCCCAAACCACGUCGCAACGGCCUGAGCCGCAGGAGCGCCGCAUACUCUUUGGUGUCGCCGAGGCUGGGCCUGGGCCGUCAUCACAGCGCACCCGCGAUGCGUCUGAACGCACGGCUUGCUUCGAAACUCGCGCAUUUGACCAGGCCCAGAGGCACGGCCCGCCUGCCGGGACUAAAAACCGCUUCCCGCCUGCUGAGCCUCACAGCGAGCCUCGCCGCGAGCCUCAGCGCAACGAGCUCCUCCACGAGUCUCAGCGCAACCAACCUCGCCGAGUGUCCCAGACAUACCGGCCCGCGCAGCCGUCCCGCCUCUCGCACCUUGUGUUGCCUUCGGCCGAGUCGACCCCAGAGCCUCGUCGUAGCCUUCAGGAAUCACGCAGCCUGCGUGAGAGCACCCCCCGUAGCUUGCACGACGAGCUGGAGCACACUCGGCGCUCAGACUCUGGGCCGAGCCAGCGGAAUCUGCCCUUCGGCUCCGUCCAACCCGACGUGGUGGAGAAAGAGCAGUACGAGGAUGCUGCUCAGCAUACUCCAGGCCGUGCCGACACGCGCCACGACUCGCGUCACUUUGACAGCCCCGCACGCCCGGUGCCGGGCGGGUGGGCCGAGCCGCCGCGCACGUUACCACGCUCCCCACACACAUUACCCCGUUCCUCGCUCACAUUACCGCCUUCACCACGCCGUGUGGACCAUGGCCCUCGGCCGUGGACAAUUUCGGACUGGCGCCGCCUCGAGAAGUUCUACAACGAGGAGCGCUCGCGUGCCGUGACAUGGACGCCCUUCACCCGCUCGCGGCAGUGGAGCGUCGGCCGCGUCGUGGACAACUUCAUCAUUCGCCUGCGGAUCGAGGAGCGCGAACUCGUGGGCGAGUGGUCACGUGAGGACCUCGAAAUCCGUGUGCGUGCACUCGACGACAAGGCGGAGGAUCGCGAGCGCAGUCGCAUGCUGCGUCGCAGCCAACUCGGUGAUCGCACUCUGCGGGUGCAAGCCCAGGAACCGCCCUCGACCCUCCGCAGAGUUGUGGACUGGGCCAUUGGUCUGUCAACCAGCGCACCCGCGCCCGCGCCGCGACGAGCACCGCGCCAGCGCGAGCGCAACGACCCCGAGAUGGGUUUUCUCCACCGCAAGGACGAGAGCUUCGAUCCGGACGUCACGAUGGCACCUACGCCGUCGCAGCCGCGUAUGUGCCAGGGUACGCGAUGGGAACCGCAGCGAGACCGGAAUUCCAAGCGAAACGAGGAGGAUGAACGUGAGCAAGUCACCGAGCACCGCCAACGAGAGCAGGACGCGCCCGCGCGUGAGCGCAGCCAGGCGCUCAACCGCUCUCCGCGCGCUCGGCACCACCCACGCGACCUGGUCAACAUCGAUCGCGCGGUGUCCGAGCACCGUCGCAGGUCCGCCCAUGAUAAUGGCGAACCCCUCUAUCCUGACUCAACUUAUGACAACUACGCUGAGGACCGCUCGCCUUCUCCACAGCCCACCGAGAUCGAGGACGAUGAAUACCGGUACAACGCCGCCUCGCCGAGCCUUUACAACAACCUCUACCCGCCACUGCCCGAGCGCUCUGCCGCGCUCGCACAAGCCGUCCGCCCACGCGUGAUAGAGGGAUCGCCGCGGCCCGCCGCACGCUCGCGCUCCGUCAUCCUCCCAACAUCGCCCCUCACCGACCUGAGGCAGAGCACACGCGCCCUACCCAAUGUGGCUCAGGCCGCGAACGCAUUCACAGCCCACGCCUCCGCCGACCUGAGCUACGAGAGCGAACGGCGCGCCCGCGAGCGCAACAACAUCGCGGGCUUACGCCGCGUGCGGUCGAUAGUCGAGCAGAUCCGGGACGCUGGACACGAUAUCUCGGACGAGAGGUUCGAGAGCUUCCGCGCAUUCAACGGAGAGCUGCAUGCCAGUGUGAGCGCUUUGGGGCGGACCACGUCUGGUUCUGCCCGCGAGCGGAACGUGUCGGGCGCGUCUUCGACAGGUCAGGGAAGCAGAGAAGCUGCGGGAAGUGGGGAGAGAAGAAGUCCCCUGAGGUUGAGGAGGUAG